CGCAACCAUUUCGCUCGAGUCGAGUCUCUUCUGUGUCGACUGUGUAUCUGUCCAUUUCGUGAAUGACGGUUUUAAGUUGGUAUACCUGUUAGUCGGAUGCCUACAGUCACUACUGUCGAGAGGAGACGUCGGCUGAUUGUUGCAAAGCAAUUUCAGAUGACCGAGUGAGUGGUUGACUGCUUGUUAAGUUAACUCGGCAUCUAGCAACAAUGGCUCAGAGGUUUCCAGUGCCGAAUGCAGCCAGCAAUGGCCCACCACCACAGCGAUAUCCACCACCAUCGGUACCACCAAAUUUGAGACAGUAUUCUGGACCUAACUUUCCAAUUCAACAAAGGUCAGGCUUUACACCUCCACCACAAAUGGGUACUGGUGGCCCAGGUCCUGGAGGUAUCAUGAGGCCAAAUCAACCUUAUUCUAAUAUGCGGCAAGGACCCUUGGCAACUCCUCCUGGUGGGAAGAGAAGUGCAGACCAACGGUUACCAAUGUCACAGCAAAAACCGUAUUUUUGGAACAGUGACUUUUCACAUUCCACAUCAAAAAAGAAGAAAAAGUUAGCUGAUAAAAUUCUACCCCAAAAAGUGCGUGACUUGGUGCCAGAGUCACAAGCUUAUAUGGAUUUACUAGCAUUUGAAAGAAAGUUAGAUGCAACGAUAAUGCGAAAACGUCUAGAUAUACAGGAAGCUCUGAAGCGUCCUAUGAAACAGAAGCGCAAGCUUAGAAUUUUCAUCUCUAAUACAUUCUAUCCAGCUAAAGAAGCUACUGAGAAUGAAGAGGGUACAGUAGCUUCAUGGGAACUUCGAGUAGAAGGAAGGCUUUUAGAUGAUACUAAAAAUGAUCCAAACAAGGUGAAGAGGAAGUUUUCGUCGUUUUUUAAGAGUUUAGUGAUAGAAUUAGACAAGGAUUUGUAUGGACCAGACAACCAUUUAGUUGAGUGGCACCGUACACUUACAACACAAGAGACUGAUGGUUUUCAAGUGAAAAGACCAGGUGACAAGAAUGUUCGCUGUACAAUUCUUUUACUUCUCGACUAUCAACCUCUGCAGUUCAAACUAGAUCCUCGAUUAGCGCGUCUACUUGGUGUUCACACCCAAACGCGUCCAGUUAUUAUUUCAGCACUCUGGCAGUACAUAAAAACGCACAAGUUGCAAGACAGUCACGAACGUGAAUACAUCAACUGUGACAAAUAUCUAGAGCAAAUCUUCGCUUGCCCUAGGAUGAAGUUUGCAGAAAUACCACAACGCCUCAACCCGCUUCUUCAUCCGCCAGACCCGAUCGUUAUUAAUCACGUUAUCAGCGUAGAAGGCACAGAAACUAAGCAAACAGCCUGUUACGACAUUGACGUUGAAGUUGACGACACGCUAAAGACACAAAUGAACAAUUUCUUGCUAUCGACGGCGAGUCAGCAAGAAAUUCAAAGUCUCGACAAUAAGAUUCACGAAACUGUGGAGACUAUAAAUCAACUGAAAACCAAUCGGGAAUUUUUCCUGAGUUUCGCAAAGGAUCCACAACAGUUCAUUAACAAGUGGAUCAUAUCGCAAACGAGAGAUCUGAAAACUAUGACCGACGUUGUAGGAAAUCCAGAGGAAGAACGCAGAGCAGAGUUUUAUUAUCAGCCUUGGGCUCAAGAAGCUGUCUGUCGAUACUUCUACACAAAAGUUCAGCAAAAACGGGCGGAGUUGGAACAGGCUCUUGGAAUAAGGAAUUCCUAAAGAUUAUAAAACAAAAAUUAAAAUAUGUCUCGCUUUAGUUAUAAAUCAGUAUGUCCUUUUUAUAAAGCUUAAGGAUCAAUUCCAUCUUGACAAUUGUGUGCAUCAGACGAAUAAUUUUGUAUCUAUUUUAAACUAGCAAAUAGUAUGAACGAGUGAUUGCGUGGAUUCUGUGUAAAUUAAAUUAAUCUUGAUUCAUUAAUUUGUAAAUCGUCAAUAUUCUGUAUGAUUGUCACAGUUUCCUAUUAUAAACAUAUAAGAAAUAAAAUCAUAAAAU